CGGGUCAUGUGUCAUUUACUGAUAAUUUUUGAACUUCAGAUCUUAUGGUAUUACAAAUCGCUAAUCGGUUCCGUGUACGCGCAAAUAUGCAUUAACUAAAUACAAGACUUGGUGAAACAAUUUGGGAAGUUAAUAAUCCAUCAUGUUCUACAUAAUUGACUACGUAGUAUUUUUCGGUAUGCUACUAAUCAGCGUGAUAAUCGGCGUUUAUUUCGGUUUCUGCGGAAAAACUCAGACCAAAGAUGAUUAUCUACUGGGCGGAAAAAGUAUGAGCGUCAUACCAAUAGCGUUGUCCUUAAUUGCGGGGCACGUUUCGGGGAUCACACUACUGGCGCUUCCUUCGGAUGUUUACCUCUACGGAGCCAACUAUCUUUGGAUCAGCGUUGCGUUGCUUUUCGUAGGCUUCCUCACCUGCUACGUCUAUCUGCCGGUCAUUGCGAAACUGCAAAGCGCCAGCGUCUUCGACUAUCUCGAUCGACGGUUUAAUCGAAAAAUUCGAAUGUUGGCCUCUUUUUUGUUUGCCUUACAGCUUAUUUUGUACAACCCGGUCGUUGCCUACAUUCCUGCCAUUGCCUUCUCGCAAGCAAGCGGUAUAAGUGCAUAUUUAAUUACACCCAUCGUGUGUAUUGUCUGUACUUUUUAUACGACAAUUGGAGGUUUCAAAGCAGUGGUUUGGACUGAUGCUCUGCAAUUUACCGCAAUGAUCGGAGCAAUUGUGGCAAUUUUCAGCUUAGGGGUUCAAUCGGUUGGAGGUUUCGCCAAUAUGUUUACCAAAGCAAGUGAGGGACAAAGAUUCGACUUCGAUUUUAGCUUGGAUCCUACGAUACGGGAGGGGUUUUUCCCUAUACUCCUAGGGGGCACAGUCCUCUGGCUUUAUAACGUAGCUUUGCAACCACCAUCAGUGCAAAAGUAUAUAUCCGUCUCGUCUUUGUCUAAUGCGCGACGGGCGUCCGUGAUCUUAAUCAUUGGUUUGGUCAUUUUAAAGGUGAGUAACGUGCUGAUUGGUACCACUAUGUAUGUAAGAUACGAAAAAUGCGACCCCCUGUCCACGGGCGAGGUGACCCGCACCGACCAAAUUCUUCCUUAUUUUGUAAUGGACGUCGCCAAACAUUUACCAGGUUUGCCCGGUUUGUUUAUCGCAGGUAUCUUUAGUGCAGGACUAAGUACACUGUCGACUAUGUUCAACACGUUAUCAGCAACGAUUUAUAACGAUUUUGUAGUGGAAUUUUCAUCUGCAAAUGUGUCGGAAAGGAGAACUAAUUACACGCUGAAACUAAUUGUCAUAGUCUCCGGCACAGUUUGUACUAUCCUAACAUUCUUCAUAGAUAAAAUGGGCGGCCUUUUCCAUUUCGUAAACGCUUCCCAAGGAUUAAUAGCAGGAUUGUUUGUGGGGCUAUUUUCUUUGGGAAUGAUAUACCCUAUAGCAAACGCGAAGGGGGCUCUUUGUGGAGUAGUGACAAGUUUCCUUGCAGUGGGCACUAUAGUUGUAAUGAACCAAUGGUAUAAGUUACGAGGAGUAAUCAGCUCAUUUCCUAAACCAGUUUCAAUCCAGGCCUGUUACGGAGCAGUAAAUUUUACUUUACCUAGAGACACUGCUUUGGAGAGCCAACCUUUUAUUUUAUUUCGAUUGUCGCACUGGUACAAUGCAUUUUUGUCAGUUAUAGUGGUAACAAUCGUUGGAUUAUUUGUGAGCUGGAUAACCAAAGAGGAUAAGGUGCACACUAGUCCUGAUUUGCUAAGUCCCAUUGCUCGCAUUUUUCUUAAGCAGGCUAGUCAUAACAGGGAAACAGCUAAUGUACAUGAAAUGACCAAUCAAAAAUAAAUUGGUUGCGUUUGCCAUCUAAUUAUUAUUUUCUGAAUUUCUCGCUCACGAUAGACACAUAUGAGGACAGAGCUACCUUUACCAUAGCAUUUUGACAGUUGCUAAACGGCAAGAAACUCGUCUCUUCCCUUCCCCCCCACCCCACUUUUUUACGGAAAUACACGUUUUGAAGCGCCAGGAAUUUGAAUCAAACCAAGUUUUUUAGUUUUUGGUAUGUUCUGUCAAGGUUUAAAUGGUAGAACAGGAUACGAAAAUUUCUCUAUGUAUAUAGUUUUGUGAAUCUUCUCUCUUUUUUUGUUUUUUUCAAUGUCAUUAUUAAGUUUAUAGAAGAAGAAUAAAGAUCAUUAUUAAAUUAUAAGCAAUCGA